AGGCAAACGAAAAAGAAUGUCUGACUUCGUGCUCAUUCCCGCUCGGAUCGGAACAGUCAGUCAUAUUUGUUUUCCAGGGUUCUUCAUGUUGUUAUCAGUCUGUCUAUUUGGGAGAAGAGUGUAAGAUGGAAGCUGUAACGAAGCACGAAUUUCAUGCUACCGCAGAUGACGAGCUUUCAUUCAAAAAGGGAUCGGUCAUAAAGGUUUUAAGCAAAGAGGAGGAUAAUAACUGGUUCCGAGCUGAACAGGAUGGCCGCACCGGACUCGUUCCAGCGAACUACAUCACUCUUAAACCACACCAGUUAGUAGAGAGGUUUACAGAUAAUGAGGAAGAGUGUGUAAUGUGUGAAAUUCUAGAACGAUGCUAUGCUUAAACAAAGAUGAGCUAAGUUUGUGUGCACUGUUGCUUUAGACUAUUUCUUCCUUUACUGAUAUAAGCUUAUGGGUCCCUAUGAUAUUAACUGUUAAUCAAUAUAUAAGCUUACGUUGAUACAUAGCCGACAGCAAAAUAUCGCAGAAUUUCACAUAAUUUUUGUUGACGUAGGGACGUUUUAAAAUUAGGCUACUAUUAUUUCCAAUGACUU